GACUUUCUUUCCUUACUAAUUUCGUCUGCGGCGAUCUCGGUCCUUUUUAUUCUAUCAUUGUUAUCGCUAUUCAUCCCGCAUUCGCCCUGCGGGACUUAUCUCCCAUCAUGAAGUCGCUAGCUACGUCGUUGCUUGGGUUCCUCUUCCUUCUCUCAGCACCACAUGCUUCCGUUUAUGCUGCCUCGGAUCCAACAAGCCCAAAUGCCUUGCCGCCCUGUGUGGCACGCUCGCCAACUACCGGUUUCUACUAUGAUCUAAAUCCAAUCUCUCUAUCCCCACCCAAGACGAAGGACGAAAAGCUUCGUGGAAACGUUCGCACUGAGAGCUGGCAUGCCAAGGGUCAUGACUACCAUGCAAACUUCACAUUAAACGUGUGCGCUCCGGUGGUGGAGAAUAUCAAAGAUGUGGUGGGAGUCGACCGUGCAAGGUGGCAGAAUAUUAGUGCAUAUUAUGAGAAGGAGGGCAAGAUCUAUUCUAUCGGGCAACAAGCGUCUGAGCCAUUGUUCCGGGGUCGCAAGCUGGUCCUGAACUACACUGAUGGUUCGCCUUGUGCUGGGGAGCUUAUCGGAAAUGCCUCGCGCACGAAAUCGACGAUUAUGUCGUUCCUUUGCGAUCGUGAUGCCCCCGCACAUCAGGCAACCGCGUCCUUUGUGGGCACUAUGGACCAGUGCACCUACUUCUUUGAAGUCCGAAGCUCUGCCGCCUGUGGUGCCGUGGCCCCGGCCGACGGCCAAGGCCUUGGCCCAGCCGGUAUAUUCGGUGUGAUUGCAUUGAUCGCCGUCGUCGCGUACCUUGUUGGUGGCUGCGCCUAUCAGCGAACAGUGAUGCACCAACGCGGUUGGAGACAGUGCCCGAACUACAGCCUCUGGGCGGGCAUGUUCGACUUUGUAAAAGACAUGUUCACCAUUGUCGGCUCCUCCCUAGGCCGCGCGUUCCGUCUCAAACGAUCGCCGGCUCUCGGCCACACCCGCAGCGGCAGCCAGCGCGGCGGGUUCAUCGGCGCGAUCGGCGGGCGGAGAAACUCUGGAAGAGAUGUCGAUGCCGAAAAUCGACUGAUAGAUCAACUGGACGAAGAAUGGGAGGAUUAACAUAUCAUGAUCCUCCCUGUUUCCUUUGCUUUGCUUUCGGCUGUUGUCUGUUCGUUAUAUGAUUGUCAUGUGAGAUUUCACUGUAUUACAUGUUUGUGUAAGAUUUCCCUCGACUGUUACGAAUACGAGUCAUUGGCGCUAUGAAUUCCUUCGCUUCCGAACACGGA